AUGUCAAGCAACCGGAAGUUUCCAUCUCGCCAUGUUCACACUCUCAAGACUCACAAUGGACCCGUCAACACGGUAACAUUUUCGAGCUAUCCUGGGACAUAUGUCCUGACAGGCUCAACUGACCGAGCUAUCCACCUGUCUCGGGCACUUCCGAGCACCGACACUCCGUCGAUCGUCGAAACCACCCGACCAAUCCAGAAAUACGAGGCGCAUGGAUACUCGAUUCUUGACAUCGCCGUCAGCUCGGAUAAUUCACGGUUCGCCAGUGUUGGGGGAGACAGGCAAGUCUUUCUCUGGGAUGUAGAACAGGGAGGUACUGUAAGAAGGUGGACAGGCCAUUCGAGCCGUGUUGAAGCCGUGCAAUUUGCUGGUGAAGGCGACUCAGUUGUCGUGUCAGGCAGCGCGGAUACCACCAUCAACCUAUGGGACACAAAGUCCAAUUCAUACAAACCGAUUCAGACCUUGGCCGAAGCUUCCGACACCGUCUCCUCAUUACAUGUUCACAUGCCAACCUACUCAAUUGCCAGCGGAAGCUACGAUGGACGAGUUCGGAUCUACGAUCUUCGCAUGGGUCGUACCACAGUAGAUGUUAUCGCCCACCCCGUCACGAGCGUACGAUGUUCCGCCGACGGCAAUGCUGUCCUCGUCUCUAGUUUGGACGGCAAGAUUCGCAUGCUCGAUCGCACCGAUGGUAAACUUCUGAAAGCCUACGGGGGUGAAACACAGACCGGCAAGUUUGGAGAGAGGUACUUGAACAAAUCACUUCGACUCCGGUCUGUGUUCGCCAAGGGAGAUGCUAUCGUUUUGAGUGGGAGUGAAGCUACAGAUAUGGAAAGCAAAGGAGCUACGAGUCAAGCGGCCGUGUUUGCGUGGGAUGUUCUUAGUGGCGACAUUAUCGCGACUGUGCCAGCUGGACAGGAUGUCAAGGUGGUCAGCUGCGUCGCGUGGAAUGAAAAAGGGCAGUGUUGGGCUGGUGCCUGUGCCGAUGCGGCAGACAACGUCUUCGGCCCUGCCGUCGGCGCUGGGUGCCGCGAUGGCUUCGACUUUACGUUGUUGUUUGAACAGAGCAUGCUGAGCAUCCUCCCCGCCAGCAUAAUCCUGAUUGCGUCCCCGUUUCGGAUCAGAUAUCUUCUAAAUAGAGGGAUUCGAACACGAUACAAUCCAAUUCGUAUCAGCAAAUUGGUUGUUGCGGCUAGCUUUGCAGCCACGCAGUUGGCACUGCUAAUUCUCUGUAUACACAGCACGGAGCCACAAACCAAGAGCUCCAUACCAUCGGCGACACUCACCCUGAUUGUGGCCGCUCAGCUUGUGCUUCUUUCUUGGACUGAAGACACUCGUUCAAUCAGGCCGUCCUCGCUGCUAAGUGCAUAUUUGCUAUUUUCUUUAAUCUUCGACAGCUUGCAAGUCAGAACUUUAUGGAAUCUUCAAGACAAGAACAAGCCGAUUGCCAUCGCAUUUACCACGAGUGUAGGGCUGAAGGGUAUCUUUCUGUUACUGGAAAGCAUCGGAAAACGACGAUAUCUACAUGGUGAAUACCGUAGCCUUCCGCCUGAAUCCACGAGUGGUAUUUUUAACCGUUCAUUUAUGUGGUGGUUAAACCGACUGUUUCUCUCCGGAUUCAAGUCGGUACUCACACUGGAUGACCUAAAUGGGUUGGACAAGAGCCUGCAAUCUACUAGCCUCAGUAUCAAGGCCCGAUCUUCGUGGCAACUGCGCAAAAAGCCAGAGAGGCGCUUUGAGGUGCCAAUAACUCUUUGUAAAGCACUCUGGUGGCCACUUGUCUCAGCAGUAUUUCCUCGUUUAUGCCUAAUAGGAUUUACGUUCGCGCAGCCUUUCCUCAUAUCUGGUCUGCUCGACUGGCUCAGUGAGAGCCAUGACUCUGAGAAUGAAGGCCACAUGCUAUAUCGCUUCAUUUCCAUGUUCCGUGGCGCAACCUCUUCAUUAAUCUACGAACAUGGCCUCAAUAUUCCCGAUGGAAAUUUUGAAGAUCGCUCCGCUGCUAUCACCCUGAUGACAACAGACAUCGAUCGUAUUACUGCCUGUUUGGUCAAUUUGAAUGAAUGCUGGGCCCGAUCAAUUGAGGUAGUCGUUGGUAUGACAUUGCUGUCCAUCCGUAUAGGUUGGGUAAGUAUUAUACCUUUGGUCAUAAUCAUAAUCUCUGGAGGAGGGAGUAUUCAGAUUGCAAAGCAUAUUGGAGGGCGCCAGAAGGUCUGGGUGGAUGCAGUACAACGCCGAAUUGCCAUAACCACAUCGAUGCUCGCCGAAAUCCAGACUAUACGGCGCAUAGGCUGGAGCAACACACUGGCCAGAAUUAUUCAAGAGAAACAGACUGAAGAAACACAACGAAUGGAAGGCUUUCGAUGGAUCAUUGUGUGGCAGAAUGUCAUUCAGAAUCUACCUUGGGCACUAGCCCCUGCUUUAACAUUUUCAGUCUACACAUUUCAAGGGAACUCGUUAGACACCACGACUGCUUUGACAAGUAUAUCUAUUAUCACACUUCUCACGAAUCCAGCAUCGAAACUUCUGAGUGCCAUUCCUUCAACUGCUGCUUCCCUAGGUUGCUUUGAUCGGAUUCAGAAUUUUCUCUUGAUUCCGAGCUGUCAAGGGGGACUGGAAUUGCAGAGUGCAGAUCUUAAACAUCAACAGAAUAGCGAGAGCUUACAUCCACAUGACCCGACUUCAGUAGAGUUGCAGCAAUUGCCAUCGACAGCCAUAGCUUUUAAAGAUGUGACGAUUUGCCCUGCUGCAUCGUCAUCGACUAUAUUACAAGAGGUCAAUUUUCUUAUUCCUCGGGGCUCCUUCACGUUUGUUCUUGGUCAAGUCGGAUCAGGAAAGUCAAGUCUUCUACGUGCCAUCCUUGGCCAUGCACAUUGUGAGAAAGGCCUGAUCAGCGUCUCUCGUCGAGAUAUCGCCUACUGCGCGCAAGAUUCAUGGCUUCCAAACUCUGCCAUACAAUAUGCUAUAUGUGGAUUUACAGACGAAGAUGAACAUAAGGAAAGCCUUGACCUUAAGUGGUAUGAGGCUAUUAUACACGCAUGUGCUCUUGACCACGACCUAAAACUAUUCGUCAAUGGUGAUAGAACUCAAAUCAGCAGUGGUUCCAGCACUAUAUUGAGUGGCGGUCAAAUACAGCGAAUUGCACUAGCCAGGGCCUUGUAUGCCAGAAAGAAAAUUUUUUUACUGGACAAUGUCUUCAGUGCGCUUGAUAGUGUCACAAAGAAGCUGAUCAUGACUCGCCUUUUUGGAAAGAGCGGUUUAUUUCGGCAGCUCAAUUCAACGGUCGUGUUGGCAACAAACGAGACCGAUUAUCUCUCAUAUGCCAGUCAGGUUUUUAUCAUAUCCGACGGAAAGUUAAACGUGUCAUUUCCGAACACAGUGGGUAGCUACAACCCGACGAAUUUGAAUAGUGUUCCUGCUAAAAAUGGGACCGAAGAUCCUGAAGAUGAGAUGCAUAACAUAUCGAAGCCGAAGCCAUCCGUUAAAGAGGUAGCAGCUCAGAUAUCGAAGGAAAACCAGAUCAAUGAUCUCACUCGAGCAACGGGGGAUCGAACUAUUUAUAAGUACUAUAUGCAGUCCAUUGGCUGGCAAAAGAUACUUACUUUCGUCUUUUUCGUUACUCUCCACGUCGGUUGCAGCACAUUUAGCCAAAUUUGGUUAGAAUGGUGGGCUACUGGUAAUGGUACCGAGAAAGCUAUGUAUGUCACAGUUUAUUUCAUAUUGGCUCUGUUCAACUCAGUGGGGAAUGGUGGCUAUGUUUGGGCUAUUCUUGUACUUAUAUCUCCUUCUACGUCACGAAAACUGCAUCAAAGGCUACUGAAUACUCUGACAAGAGCCUCUUCGUCGUAUCUUUCUAGCACCGAUAGUGGUGUGAUAUUGAACAGAUUCAGCCAGGAUAUUGCUUUGAUCGAGGGGCAGUUGCCUGUUGGCAUGCUUGUAUUCGUUUCCAAUCUCUUGGUAUGCAUCGCUACGGCCGGUUUAGUCGCAAGCGGAUUAGGAUACAUGGCCAUCACCGUCCCAUUUCUCCUAAUUGUGAUAAUCCUACUACAGCACUUUUACCUCCGAACAUCACGGCAACUCCGCCUCCUCGAUCUCGAGAGCAGGAGUCCGCUAUAUAGCCAUUUCAUGGAAACUGUAAGCGGCCUCGCUACGAUACAAGCGUUUCAAUGGCAAGAGCUGUUCAGCCGCAAGAAUCUCAAGCUCUUGGACGCUUCACAAAGACCGUACUACCUUCUAUAUUGUAUUCAGAGAUGGCUCACGUUAGUCUUGGAUUUGAUUGUUGCUGCAGAAGCGGUUAUUCUUGUUGGUCUGGUCAUCAAAUUCAAGGGCUCUGUUAGUGUGGGUUUAAUUGGUGUAUCGUUGAAUAACAUUCUUUCAUUCAGCAACAGCCUUUCAAGCGUAACUUCAGGAUGGACGCAGCUCGAGGUCUCGCUUGGAUCAAUAUCAAGAGUACGGGAUUUUGUGGCCAAUGUCCCGCCGGAAGAUGUUGUGGAGACAAAGAUCCAGCCUCAUGCGCAGUGGCCUAGCCAUGGUAUGAUUGAAUUUAGGAAAGUGACGGCGCAGUACAGUACCGACAAGAUCGUUUUACGGGAUAUUUCUUUCAUUGCACAACCUGGACGAAAGAUAGGCAUUUGUGGACGAACAGGAGGUGGUAAAAGCUCACUCCUGGCAACAGUCCUCGGCAUUCUGGACAUUACCGACGGCGCCGUCCUAAUCGAUGGGAUUGACAUAACGACCCUUCCCCGUGAGACACUGCGCGAACGUCUUGUAACUAUCCCUCAAAGUACACUCAUCUUAGAAGGAUGCAGUGUGCGAACAAAUGUUGAUCCAAACAGAAUUCAUUUGGACGCUGAUAUUAUAGACGCGCUUGACCGCGUCGGUCUCUGGAGGGAAGUAAUACAACAAAGAGGCGGAUUAGACGCCGAAGUCAAACCUACUUCGGUACAACUAUCGAAGGGGCAGCAGCAACUCUUUGGGCUUGCGCGUGCUAUUCUAAAAGUGCAGGAGAGCUCCAGGAGAGGAUCGAGACCGAUUUUGCUUCUUGAUGAGCCUACUAGUAAUGUUGAUGCUCAGACGGACGAGAAGAUGCAGAUCGUUCUUCGGGAGACGCCUUGCUUGACUGCAUUGACGAUCUUGACUGUUGCACAUCGAAUAGGGACUAUUUUAGGGUCGGAUAUGGUAAUUGUUUUGGAUGAUGGGAGGGUGGUGGAAAUGGGAGAUCCGAGGGAGUUGCAGAGGAAGGUUAGCGGUGUGUUUGCAGGGCUUGUCGAUGGCGAGAUAUCAUGA